AGGUUCAUCAAUGGCGGAAAUCACUGAAACUAUGGGAAAUGAGUCGUCUCCUUCAGAAGAAAACAGAAACGAAAACUCAGAAAGAUCGAAUUUCGAUAAUAAAACAAUGCGAAAGUCAAAACCUGGAUUGAAGCGUCUCGCACUAACCCUAACUGUUUUCUUCUCUUUCCUCUUGGGUCUUCCAUGGUUGCUUAAAUCGAUAGAGAUCUACCGAUCACCACUUCCGUUUCGCGACAUAGAUUCAUUAUCAAAUGCAAUUGAUUCAAAUCCGUUUUUAUUUCCGUGUAAAUUCCAUGCAGUGUUUGUUAAUUUUGAGCACAGUACUCCCAUAAAGCAAAACGCUGAACAGCUAGGGUUUUUGGUUAGCAGUCAUAUGUUACAAUUAGCUGAUGGUAAUUCAUUUUGUGGCACUUGUGAAAGCAAAUACACAGUCUCAGUUAGUUUAGACUCUGGUAAUGGCUGUGUAGAGUACGAAGAUGCUGAUAGAGGGAGGGCAUGGAGAUGUGGGGCACUAAGUGAGUUCAAAUUUGAUGAAACUGUGAAAAACGAUGAAGUUUUAGAUGAAUAUCUAGAAUCUGUUGUAGGAAGAAGGGGCAGAGUUUACACUGUUGUAGUUGUGAAUGCUGGUGAAGGGUAUAGGGUGAGGGCGGUGGUGGGGAAGCAUCGACAUGCUUGGAUUGUAGGCAGGUUUUCAGAGGUGGAUAUGCUAGCGGAGAAAGUAGCUGAGAUGUUUGUUAAGAUAUUUGUGGGUGGUGCAAAAGAAGAAGGGGCCAUGCAAGGGGAGUUUAUGCCUGUUGGUGCUGAUGGGAAAAUUGUGCUUUCUUUCAAUUUGUUAAAUGCCGAUCCACGUGAUUGGAUUUAUGAUUGGGAUUUUAAAGAGGUAGAUGAGAAAGUUCUAUCCCCUACACUUGAAGCCUUGGGCCCUAUAGCAAAUAUAAGCGUGGAAAGUCAGGUUCUGUAUCAUACUCCAAAAUCUUCAUAUUCUUAUUGGGAUGUGGAAGUGGAGAGCCACAUCUUUAGCACCAAAGAUCUUCCGUUCUUUGUGAAUUCAAAUGAAUGGCACCUGGAUACUUCAAUUGCGGCUGGUGGACGGUCAAAGAUUUUGCAAUUUGUGGUAUAUAUACCAUCUGCCAAUGAAUGCCCACUCAGGUUACAGCUUCCAAAUGGAGAGAUUUCCAUGACAAAUGCCUUUAUAUCUCCAACAUGGGGAGGUGUUGUAGUUUUGAAUCCUCCCAACUGCUUGGGAAAUGCAAAUAGCAUGCACCCUCUCAGGCGCAAAGUUUCUCCUCAGGAACUUAACCAGAUUUUUGAAGUUUUCAUGGGGCAGCUUCGGCAAUUGUUUGGUUUAAAAUCUACUGGUUUCUACAAGGGUGCAUCAGGCUCGUCUAUUCUUUUAGCUAGUGAAAGAGGCUUUACAGAAUGGGAACUAGAUGUCUUGGCUCGGCAACAUGCAUGCUUCAAUCUUCGUCAGUGUGGUACAACCCUUGGAUCACUUUCAAGAUUGGUCCAAUCAUUACCAAGAAUGAUCAUCAAGGAUGAGAUUGGAAAACAGGUCAAGCUUUCUCUUGAGGCUGCAAAAUUAGCUCAGAAUAAUGCCUCACAAGGCAUUUUUGAUGCUUCAGUUGUUUCCUCGAGGCAUGCUCGAUCCUUGGCUGAGGAUGCAUUCUUUCACCCAUCCGUAAUGUCUGUCAGUUACUACUCAUUUGAGCACUGUUUUGCUGUCUACUCGCCUUUCUUUCUGCCACUCUCACUACAUGUGAUUCUUGCGGUUGUGAGAGAGAUCAAGAGAUACAAACAAGAAAGCAGAAAAUAUGCAGCUUGGAAAGCUGUAGGAAAGCAGCAUGCCGGUCCAACAUCAGACUGAAAAGAAAGCAAAGUCUAACAUAUGAACAAGAUUUAGCCAUUUUCGCUGUUGUAUUCAAAUAUGUAUUUUUCCCACAGAAAAACUGUAGCUUACAGUUGAAUAUUAGCACAUAAUAUUUCUAUAUACCUUCAGACAUUCGAAAGGUGCUUAUGGUCACAGGUGACAGGACCAUACGAUGACUUAGAUUUUUGGUCUUUCGGCUUUAUCAAUUCAAUCUCCAAUUAAAUUUCAUGUGUUAAAA